AUGACGACCUCGCCCAAGCCAAAGAUGGUCCAGACAGUGCUCAACUUCGGCUCUUCCCGCUCACUGAAAAAGAAUACCCCUCAGAUCAUAAGAAGGGACCCUGACGAGGCCAGCAGCCUUGGAGAUACCCUGCUCCCGGAUAGCGGUAUGGACUAUAAGAUGGAGAAUGACGGCAGUAGCAGGCUCGAUAGCCAGACCAGUAUAGCCUCAACAGACUGGCCACCUUCCCAGACGGCAUCAGAAGCAACACAGGCGGCACUAUCACCAGCUCAAGACGCUAUGAAAAGACGGAAGAUCCUCCGUUGCAUCGCUGGAGAGACGAGUACAUUCCUGCCUGGUAUACUAGAGAUGGCUCCCUGGGCACCACCAAACGGAUAUCUAUACUCUCCAAGCAAAAUCUCACGGCUAAAUGCAAAGUACUGUCCCCAUUUCCACAAGACGUCUAUUCGGAUACACAAUGCAGACUCUCUGGACACUGCUAUCGCCCUAGCAAACUGUUCAAGAUUUGUUACCGUGCGAGACAAGAAGCCAGUAUGUGUGCUGAACAUGGCAAACGCAUUCCAUGCCGGAGGAGGUUGGAAGAACGGAGCCCUGGCUCAAGAAGAAACCCUCUGCUACCGAAGUAGCCUCAGCUUCACUCUUAAGCUACGAUACUAUCCUUUAGAGGACCUACAGGCUAUAUACUCGCCCACAGUUCUCGUCAUACGCAAGAGUAUAGACGACGGUCAUGGCCUAUUAUCACUCAACAAACCCGAAGAGCUGCCCGUCGUAAGCGUCAUCAGCAUAGCGGCUCUAUGCGAGCCCAAAUUAGCGGCUAAGAAGAUACCCGUUCCUAACUCCUCUGAUGUGCACGUCAAGGAGGUUUUCCGGAACGUUGCCGACCGAGACCUGACCAAGGACAAGAUACGUAUGAUUCUACGCACAGCUGCGUAUAACGGCCAUCGAAGGCUGGUGUUGGGUGCAUUAGGCUGUGGGGCGUUUUUGAACCCGCGUGAAGAUGUGGCGGAUUGUUUUGCUGAGGUGUUUAGUGAGAAUGAAUUCGGCGGUGGGUGGUGGGAGAGCAUUAUAUUUGCUGUCAUGGAUGAUUUGGAAGAAGGGAAGGAUGGGGAUGGGAACUACGGUGUCUUUUAUAGAAAGCUUCAUGGCAUGUUGGUAUGA